GUAUGACACAUGUAAGAACCAUCAAUAGAAGAUCCUACUAAAGCAGGGAAAGCUGCACGUGGUGAAGUUGUUCGUGGAGUCGUUUAUCAUAAUCAUAUGUGUUUCAUCCUAGUUUUUGUUAAUUAAGUAUACAAAUUAUGUGAAUCUUAGGUCAUGAUGGAUCACAAGAUGCAUCCGGGAUCAGGAAGCGGAGUACUUGACAAGAUAUGGUUGCUGAUAUGUUAGAAGUCUUGCUAAGCGGGAUUGACUUGAGUAAAUAUUCUAUGCCGGAUUUUGAACGAAUAGAAUUGUAGAAUAAGUUUGUUACUUGUCAAAGAUUUGCUUCAAGAUUAGGUUAGGGUGUUGGGCAAUUAGCUAGUAUAUAUAUGUUUUAGGUUUGAGUUUGAGAACACUUACGAUCGCAAGUGGAGAGAUUGCAUACCUUGAGGCUUUAUAGGUGAGUGCUCAUUCCAUUGAUAUAUGGUUUGUAGUUGUGUGUGAGAUCAUUGUAGUGGAACUUGUUUAAAGUAGAAGUUGGUCGAUCGGGAACAAUUACUCUAAAACGUAUGUAACAGGAUAAACCGGUUAGACUCUGGGUUCUGGUUAGACUAUUGGUUUAAUUCUCUGAUUUUGGGUUAAGUUGUUUGGUUUAAUUAUCUUAUUCGCAUGAGAUCGGUUGUUAUAUGCAAUGCUUCGUCUAUUUGGAGAUAAUCAAUCAAUCAAAUAAACAAUUUCUCAAAAUCCCUAAAUCUCAGUGUUAAGAAUCUAUAGAUCCUCAAUCCCUUACAAGGGAUUCUUCUUCCUUCGUAAUCACUUGCUAGGCUGAGAUCUCUCUUUCCUUGAAUUCUCGGUGAGUUCUGGAUUGGGGUUUACUAUCAUCAACAAAUAUUGUUUCAUUGGUAUCAGAGCUAGUCGAGCUUUUCGGCCCAAAAUCUCUCACAAACAAAACAUGAUUCCUCUGAAAUAUUCAUGUGAAGAGACUUAUGAGAGAAUGGAGAAAGGUUUAUGCAUCUUUUGUGAAGAACAAGAUUCUCCUUCUCACCAACAGUUGAAGCACAACAACUCAAGAAUCUUCAUGAUCAAAAAGGGUUGAAGAUCCAGUUCCUGAUCACGUUUUUGAUGAAGAAAUGUUGGUCUCCACUGAUUUGGAUAAAAAAGAGUAUCAGAUCCAUACUGUAGCAGAAGAAAAGGUUAAUCACCCUCUCGGACAAUACAUCGAACACCUAGAAGGCAAGAAAUAUGAAAUGGUUUCUACCGAUUUUAGCUCUUCCGUUGAUCAUUGGCUAACAAAGGAAACUGAUCGUGUAUGGGAGCCAGGUGGUUUACCAACUGAAUUUGAGCUUUGGGAUUGCAGAGAAAAUGAAUCAAGGUCAGACCAAGCAUCGGAUCAUAUUGUAAGGUUUUCAUUUCCUCAGGUACUAGUUUUUGACUCAGGACAUAUAAGAAAAUAUAGGUUGCAGUCACAUGCUGGUACAAACUUGAUUGAGUUUCGAAUCGGUCAUGGCGGUAAUAUGUUUAUUACCCCUAAAAUGCUUGUUCAUGACAAAGUGAUGGUUGUUUUAGCUCAGAGAUUGACAAGUUUACAAAUCCCUAGACUAUCUCUAGCUAACCAUGUGUGGAAACCUGGUGGAGUAUUGACUGAACUUGAUAAGUGGAAAGAGUUGGAAUCAUAUUUGUGGAUUGUUUAUGGUAAGAAUCUAGAGGUAGAUCAGAAGAUGCACUCAAGGCUGGUUUAUGAUGUUAAGAAGGAUACAAAAUUUGAUCAUAGCUAUAGAGCUUUGAAUCUCCAAGUCUGUUGUUGCGUUGGAGAUAUGAAAAAUAAGAAGUUAAGAAACGUGGAAGCUGUUGAUCAUUAUGAGACGACAAGGUCUCCGGAUCUCAUUUAUGGAAUUAUUUUGUUAGAGAUCAAGCCCCAUGUCUUGUUUACAUCUACUGACAUAUACUUUCUAUGGAGUCUUCAAGAGGAAAGAAAACACAACAACGAAGCUCCUUUUGAUGAUAUAACAUUUUUGAGGGGUGAGGCCAUGAUUGACGAAGACAUAUGGCUGCAUUUGAAGUUUGAAUUUAUGUUCAUCUGUGAAUCUCUUACACAACCACCAGACUCUAACGGGAAUGGCGCAAUUGGAUUAAUUUCUGAGACUGUAAGGGUUGUUCUAAUGGGAAUUCUUUCAAAAGCUGCUAACAAAGUGGAGGCUUUGGGGAAAGAAUAAUUUCUAUCACCUAGGGUCAAACGAGGAUUUGAGAGCAAGAUUAUUGCUGGAAUGUCUUGGGGACAGAAUAAACACCUUCAUCAUGGGAAAGACUAUAAAAAUGAGAGGUUGUACUUGCUGGAAAUGGAAGCAGAGAGAUGCCAUUUUUUUGCCGUUGAAUGGUCUAAG